AACCUUACAUCUAAAAUAGCUUCUGAGAGAGAGAAAAAAUAGCAGGAGGGUUAAAAUAGUGCAACACAGGAAAAUACAUUUCACACUGGCAUGGUGGUCAGUGAAAUAAGUCUCUUGGUUGCAGAGAUGUGUUAAAGUCACAUCGCAAAACCUGUGUAACCACAGCCCCAUCCUGUUUCCAAGGGAGUGGAGGGGAGCUGCAGUUUAACCAUCAAGUCACCAGUAUAUAUUCAUUCAAACACAUGUAUAAUUCUGUUUUGUAUCUUGGCUAAUUGUCUGGCAAAUUAGGUUAUAUUUUUUUCAUGACAUUAUUACACUUGUAUUCUGUUUGGAAUAAAUGACACCUGCCAUACCUGAAGAGGUACAUACCAUUUUAAAAUAUUUAAAUCCUAGCUAGAAGAAGCUUUAGAUCUUUCUAGUCGCUGUGUCUCCUACGAGCCAAGUGAUAAUCUGAUUAUCCCUUGAUUCCAAGAAACAAGGACAACCUAAUUUGACCUGUCCGAGUGUCAUCCUAAUCAAGGAACAGUGAAACCACCUGUAGUAGGAAUAUACAAUGUAUUUUAAUCAUGUUGAAUGAAGAGUAGUGCUAAUCAGGGUCUUAAACUGCUAACAACAAAGGAGGUCCCAAGCCAGCUUCAUUACAACAGGACAGACGGAUAAAGAUAAAUACAAAACUAUAGUGUGACGUACAUAUGCUUACUGCCACAAUAUCCACUGGCGAGAGAUAUUAAGUGUGUCGUCUCUAAAAUGUCUGAUUUAUACAGGUAAUUGGGCAUCAUCCAUAACUUAAAAAGUGAUAAAGUGGAGUAGGACUUGCUGUAUAUCAAGUCAAUCUUUUUGAUAGCUUAGGUUAACCAUGUGGGCAGGCAGUGGAACACUAAACCAUGUGUGAUAUUCUAUGCAUGUAUCAUUCUUCCCACUACUCAAUCCCACAGUUCUCUAUUUAGCAGAACAGGAAACUACUGUGUAUGAAUCAAAGAAAUACUGAUCAUAGAAUAUAUUUGAUGUUACAGUAAUUCCAUCAAGAUUGAUGCUGUUAACACCAUUCAUUUGUUGUUUUAUAUAAUACUGUGCACUGCUUACCUUUAAGCAGUGCAGAAACCUCCCCCAUGAAGUGGAUAUUGUUCAUUUACAGUGCAUGCUAUUUCUAGGAUUUUUGCGCUCAUGUCUGUACAUAUUGGUUACUGGAAGUUGCUUGUAGGUGCAACAUUCUCUUCCAUGUUGGUCUGCUUGUCUGCCUCGCUUUCUGUGCUGGACAGACCGAGAGAGAGAGUACACUUCCAGAUCACUUUUAGCAUAACUAGCUUUACAUUUUCUUGGUUUUCGAUGUAUGCAAUCAUUGAGUGAUAUUUAUUGCACUGGAAUAAAGAAGAGCAGUCUGUGUUAAGGGUCUUCUUUAACCUGAGAUCGGGGCCUGCUCUUCAGUUUUAUUUGCCUGCCAUGUUUUUGUAGCCUAACACAAUGUCUUUAUAGAAGUAAGAGCCAUCUCUUUAACACAUGCUAUAUGUGUCAUUUUGCUUCUAGAGUGAAACUGUAUCUUACAGAUUUCCUUUCGGUGGGGCCCGUCAUCUCUCAGGUACUCUGGAUCACAGCAUUACUCCCACCAAGCUGGUGAGGGGGGUGGUUUUCUUAGUUUAGCAAAACCCCCAUAAAGGUAAUCUCAUCUUUUAAAUUAGUGCAGUCUUCUUUUAACACAAAGAAACAAUGAGAUUGACUCUGCUAAUGCAGGAAGUGACAUGACCAACCCUCUCUUCCUUUUCUGUUUGGUCUAUGUUGUGGUUGCUGUUUUCUUAUUAUAAUUGACGAACCACUUGAGUCAACGAGGGGCUUGUGAACUGUAUUCUGUAAAACUGCUUCGCAGAGGUCUAGAAUGGGACUUCACAAAACCAGGCUUUUUGUUUUGUGGAUGUCGUUGAACCUUAUGGCUGGAAAAGCUAGCAGUAAGUGUGAGAGGGAAGCUACUGUUAAGACACAAGUCAAUGGAACUCUUGAUUCCAAGACCCUCAUUCCAUGCCAGUUUGACAGCAGCCUGCUCAGUCAGGCCACAAAGGGGAACACAGCUGUUGUGUGGACUUUCAAAAAAAACAACACAACAACAUUACGGUACCUAGUCGAAAUUGGAGAAUCAGAAACUCCAAGGUUCUGGGAUAACCGAAAAGGCAGAAUCAUCCUAUUCCCAACUCUGUCGAAAGAGGGAAACUUUUCCAUACUUCUCAACAGAACACGGUCAGAAGAUCAAGGGAGAUACUUGUGUGAGCUGUUUGAUGGUGUUAACUGCAGUUUGGGAGUGCAGGAGGUUCAACUCACAAUAAGAGCUGCUGUCGUGCGUUCUGAAAUGAGGUGGUAUAUUAUCACAGGAGGAGGAGGAGGACUGGGGGUCAUUCUGCUGCUGAUCUUGCUGCUUGCGUGUUUUCUAUGGAAACGUGGAUCCAGUGGUAAGACAGACCCAGGAUUAGUACCAAGUGAUCCUACUGUUGUGGAAAGAAAGAAGAAAAAAGGUCGCAAAGCUGAAGAACCUAUUUAUGCCAACGUGACCUACAACAUAGAAAAUCAGCUGUUUCAAAUUAACCAAGUGGACUUAAAAAAAGCUGAUCAUAAGCAAAAAAAUCCAUCAAACCAGGAUGUUAGAAAAGUGGACGAGAAUCCAAGUAAGUUUUUACAAAAUAUAUUUAAGUAG